CGCCUUUCAUUGCUCAUAUGCUCUCCGCCUCGAGCCCAUGCUGUUACCGGAUAUCUAGCCGGCAGAGCUUCGCGACUCUUCAUUUUAUUAUUUUUUAAGAACUUUUUUUUUUUUUUUUACCCGCGUCUGGGAUGCUUCAAUGCUUAUUUUGCUACAGUUGAAAGCAGUUUUUCAGCUCUGAGCGUUUGUUACUGCAAGGGGAAGUACUUUAUAUCAGUUAGUGGCAUGAGACUUAGCGGCUCAUUUCUCUGUUCUUAUAAAGGAGCGGUGGCAGCCUGUCCGGGUUACACCAGCGGCGAUAAACCCCGCUAGAAGACUGUAAAUUACCCGGAAAGGAAGGCGGCUGUAGCCGGGUGGUGGAGGGGGGGAAACCCAGGGAGGCCGUUUAAGUUCACCAUGGCGAACGACGGCUGUAGCAAAGAGGACCCGUUGGAGGACUGCCGCGCGGACUCGGGCAUUGACUCUUGCCCCUCCAUACUGAAGUCGGAGGAGCCCCGGGAGCCGAGCGGGGACUUCAGCGGGCCAAGGGACAAGUUUUCCACCGGGGAGGAGCGCCUGGAUUCAGCCUACACGUCCUCGUCCAUCACGGUAGAGAGUCUGUCAGAUAUCGUGGAGGAUAUCACCCUCAGCAGCGCCAAAAAUGAGCGGAUUUCUGAACUGUCCGAGCCAGAGGACUUACUCACAACUAUUACAGAGGAUGGAGACACAAUUCUGCACCUAUCGAUCAUCCACGAGGAUAUAUUCAUCUCCCAAGAGUUGAUAGAGCUGUUCCCGAAAGAGGUCCUUGACAUCCAGAACAAUCUAUAUCAGAGUCCACUGCACCUGGCCACCUACCUGAAUCUGACAGAAGUGGUGAAGGCCCUGAUGAAGAAAGGAGCCAGCUUGGAGCUGCAAGACCAGGACGGGAACACGGCGCUUCACGUGGCCUGCCAACAAGGGCAAACGGAAUGCGUGACAGAAAUGACCCGAGACCUUCCUGCGAGCAUGCUGGAGCCAGUCCUGCAGACCCAGAACUGGAGAGGUCUUGCCUGUCUUCACCUGGCAGCACUGAACAGGCAACAACAAAUUAUGAAGCUCCUGAUGAAAAAGGGAGCAGAUCUUAACAUCCAGGAAGGAACGGCCGGUAAAACGGCUCUUCACCUCGCUGUUGAACUGCACGACAUCACGUUGGUGAAGCUGCUGCUUAACAACGGGGCCGACGUGGAUGCUCCGAUGUUCAACGGCUGCACGCCUCUGCACCUCGCUGUGGGCAGACAAGACGCACGAAUCGCUGACCUCCUCUGCCAGUUUGGGGCUGACAAGAUGCUGCGAAACAUGGAAGACGAGACAGCGCUGGAUCUGGCCGACGGAAAUGAUGACAUUCUGGCCCUGUUUCCAUUUGAUGACAUCCAGAUCUCUGGAAGGUCUGUAGUUGGUGUGCCGUUUUGAACAAACUCCCAGCCCAAAACAUGGACUAUAACACACCUGGAGCCUGAAUGCAGCUGGAUCUUUUGAUUUUUAUUUUUUUCUGACUAAGUUGUUUAUUAAAUAGUUGCUUUAUAUGUAGUUGACUCUAAUAUCUAGUGAGAAAUGUGCACCAUGCUAAUCUGCUUUUCUAUGGGAAGCAGAGCAAUUCUGCUUAAACUGAACGCUGAUUUAUAAAAACAAAAUGAUGCGUUGUUCUCCGUUUCAAAAUAUGCCCCAAUGCAAGUGCAAAACUAUAAACCUAACCGCCCCUGAAAAUGCUACCUCUUUCACAAAUAUGAAUUGUUUAAGCUACAUGACCAUUUUAAAAAUCCUUCCAUUUCUGAAAGCAUGGAACUUUGGAUUUGUGAGGAGAAUGCAGUCAUCAGCAAUGAUUAUUUUGGUUUCCUUUAAAUUUUUUUGUCUUUUUCAAACUAAUCUUAUCCCUGUUUAUUACAGCAAACUGAUAGCCAGUAUCAAAAAUGUAAUAUAUGAAAAAUAAAAUGCCGCUUAAUGUUUCUUUUUUUUUUUUAAGGUUUGCUGCUUUGUGAUGAACUAUUUAUCUUUUCAUGUACUAUUCAUCUGCAGAAAAGAGCAGAUCUUUGCAUGUAAUUACACUGGCCUCUCUCGCUGAAACGAGCAGUUCAUUUAUUUUUUAAUAAAAGUCGGAACACCA